ACCCGGACUUUGAAUAUAGUCGACAAUUACGCCGCAAGCUUGCUUGUGUUGCAACCGAGUAUGUUGACUAGUUUGGGGAAAUCAGAUCGGCUUCUGGCGUUGACGUACGUCACAGGCUCAAGCAGGUUUUCCAUCAAAAUGUGGGCGGGACAAGAUCUGCUGAAAACCAUCAGAAAAUAAAUACUCAACCUUUUUUGGGAGGAUUUAUUAUAAUUAUUAUUAUUUUUAUUUUGUUUUGCAGACCUCAUUUUUAAGUCCAGAACUCUAAAAUAAGUGCCAAUGUUUGGAGGUUUAAAGAGGACCUUUAACCCGAUUUUUUUGUGUGUGUGUGUGUGUGGUGACUCGACUUGCUUGAUUGUUGCCACGGUAACUUGGAACUUGCUUGAAACUGAAAGGUAAAGACUUGAGACUUAUUUACAACUCGCACAUCUGUUACUUAUUAUUGGUCCUGCUACAGGUUGUGUUGAUGGCUUUGGUCUCCAACAUGGUCCUACUGCUUUUGCUGGUGUGCCUGUGCCAGCAGUUGGCGCCGGUGAGCAGUCACGGAAACCAGAAGAGUGACCGAAGAGCCGACAAGGACGCGCACAAGGCAUCCUCGCGGCUUUUUCGGGGCAGGGACAAGCGCGGGUGCAGCUGGGCCGCGUCGGGCGAGGACCGUGACGUCACCCUGGUGGUCACCUGCCUCGAACGGGGGUCCGCCUUCGUCUGCCAGUACGCCGCCACGCCCUGCUCGUGCGCCCGCUACGCCGCUGAUUCCAAACUGUACUGGAAGCAAAUGGGACGGGCGCUGAGGAGGCACGGGAGUUUGUGCCGGGAGGGCAGCGCGCCGGUCAGGGCGGCGCUGUGCAGGGGCGCACCCCCACAGGCUCACUUCAGACUGAAGACCACGGAGACCCCGACCGCAACCUCGGUGAAGUCGUGUAUCCCCGAGAACAGGAAGUUGGCCAGGGAGUACUGCAAAGAGGCCUGGUCCGAUUUAUGCACCUUUUUGUUCACUAUGGUGCAAGGAGACGCAUGCUGAGACAAAAAUGAAAAAUGAUAGCGUCCCCGCCUACCUUCUGUUAUUUGUUGGAAAGCUCACUUAUUUUUGUGCUUUUUCUGAACUGCCACAAAAUGGCGCCAAAGCCUUGUCCAAUAGAAAAGUAGUCGUAGGGCUUUGGCGCCAUCUUGGUGCCAAGGAAGUACAGUGGUGCCUUAACUUACGUGUGUCCCGACUUCAAGUUUUUUGAGAUACGAUCCACAGCACGACUCAUUUUAGACCGUGACUUGCGAGUAAAAAUUGGAGAUUUGAGCACUAGAUAUCUGCAAAUGCAAAUUCAAUUUAAGUGACUUCACAACACGCAGCUGUUUGGCCAGAUCGUGAACAAUUCUUCAAGAGAAUUUCACAUUGUGCAAUUAAAACAAUCAAUCAAUGUUGCCUCUGGAAAGUCCAACAGCUUAAUGCUAACACACAAUGUAAAACGUCAUAGGCAGGCUAAUUUAUAGCACCGAUAGUCGUGGACAGAUCAAAUAAUCCUUGCUGGCAUAUAUUCUUUAUCCUCUGCAAAAACAACUAAUAUUACUGCAUCUUAUUUAGUCAGCUGUGGGGUGUUUAUUAUUAUUCACGGGGUUACUGUCCUAUAGAAAACAUCCGUGCUGUUUUUUUUUGUUUUUUUUUCUGAGUGUGGGUAGGUGUUCAAAUACUUGGAAUGCUAAUGAGCUUGUGAAUCAACCGACGUGGAUGUGAAAUUUAAAAUCUGUUUCAUGCGCAGGAACUAUAGAGGAGAUUAUCGAGUUAGCGUUCCAGUAUGCUUCGUGUAUUCUAAAAGUUUUCCGUUGAGAAUGAACUGAAGUAGCUGUUCUUUUUUGGAACGUUUGCAGCCCUAAAAUUCCAAGUUAACGAUUAUUUGCUAAAAAACAAUCAAGUUUAUGAUUGUAUAGGAUGAAGUUAGGUCUAGAUUUAUUCAGGGUUUGUGUUAAUGUUUGGGUUAGCAUUUGGUGAGGAGUGGAGGUUUGGCUUUUAUCAUGUAAACCAAGAGAUUCUAAAAAAAAAAAAAUCUAGCUAGACAACACAUAGAAUGACAAAAUGACUUUUCUCCUCCUCUAAUGACACAAAAUUGCCCUCCUGGUGUCACACUAACAUUUAUUCUCGGAGGAAAGAACGCAUCCAGUUUGCUUUCUCCGCACGUUGCUUUUGAACCUCAGAGGACCAAAUUAGUAGGGCGACGCUAAAUAACUGCAGCGAGUGCUGCGCUAACCACAACAUUAGAUAUUCAUAAUAUAUCUGACUGCUUGAGUAGACUGCUUUAAAAUGUUAUGAAAAGAUACCAAAAGAACAUCUAGCUAUGUUGCUCUCUGGAGCAACAACAACAAAAUAACUAAAGAAGACCAACAACCAAAACUACAGAAUGAAAUAAACCUGAUGUGGCACAUUAAAGUCUGGAAUUGUGAAAAACAAAGUACAAAUUUUUUUUAAUAAAACACAAAAUAACAAUAAAAAUUAUUUAAAAAAAAAAAAAAAAACACUACCGCUAACAAAAAAAACAACAACAAAAUACAACAGAUGAAACUAAUGAAAUACAAUUCCAAUAAAGUUGGGACUUUGUGUUAAACAUAAAUAAAAACAGAAUACAAUGAUUUGCAAAUCAUGUUCAACCUAUAUUUAAUUGAAUACACUACAAAGACAAGAUAUUUAAUGUUCAAACUGAUAAACUUUUGUUUUUCGCAAAUAAUCAAGAACUUAGUAUUUUAUGGCUGCAACACGUUCCCAAAAAGCUGGGAGAGGUGGCAAAAAAGACUGAGAAAGUGGAGGAAUGCUCAUCAAACUGCUGUUUGGAACAUCCCACAGGUGAACAGGCCAAAAUGGGAACAGGUGGGUGCCAUGAUUGGGUAGAAAAGGAGCUUCCCUGAAUGGCUCAGUCAUUCACAAGCAAAGAUGGGGCGAGGUUCACUUCUAUGUGAACAAGUGUGUGAGAAAAUAGUCCAACAGUUUUAGGACAAUGUUCCUCAACGUGCAAUUGCAAGGAAUUUAGGGAUUUCAUCAUCUACGGUCAAUAAUAUCAUCAAAAGGUUCCAAGAAUCUGGAGAAAUCACUGCAUGUAAGCGGCAAGGCCGAAAACCAACAUUGAAUGCCCGUGACCUUCGAUCCCUCCUGCGGCACUGCAUCAAAAACCGACAUCAAUGUGUAAAGGAUAUCACCACGUGGGCUCAGGAACACUUCAGAAAACCAAUGUCAGUAAAUACAGUUUGGCGCUACAUCCGUAAGUGAAACCUGAAACUCUACUAUGCAAAGCAAAAGCCAUUUAUCAACAACACCCAGAAACGCCGCCGGCUUCUCUGGGCCCGAGCUCAUCUAAGAUGGACUCAUGCAAAGUGGAAAAGGUUUCUGUGCUCCGACGAGUCCACAUUUCAAAUUGUUUUUGGAAAUGGUGGACAUCGUGUCCUCCGGCCCAAAGAGGAAAAGAACCGUCCGGACUGUUAUGGACGCAAAGUUCAAAACCCAGCAUCUGUGAUGCUAUGGGGCUGUGUUAGUGCCAAUGGCAGGGGUAACUUACACAUCUGUGAAGGCACCAUUAAUGCUGAAAGGUACAUACAGGUUUUGGAGAAACAUAUGCUGCCAUCCAAGCAAGGUCUUUUUCAUGGACGCCCCUGCUUAUUGCAGCAAGACAAUGCCGAACCACAUUCUGCACGUGUUACAACAGCGUGGCUUUGUAGUAAAAGAGUGCGGCUACUAGACUGGCCUGCCUGCAGUCCAGACCUGUCUCCCAUUGAAAAUGUGUGGCGCAUUAUGAAGCGUAAAAUACGACAACGGAGACCCCGGACUGCUGAACAGCCGAAGCUGUACAUCAAACAAGAAUGGGAAAGAAUUCCACCGACAAAGCUUCAACAAUUAGUGUCCUGUCGCAGCUUUUUUGGAACGUGUU